AUGCAGUUUGUAUCCUGGGCCACACUGCUAACGCUCCUGGUGCGAGACCUGGCCGAGAUGGGGAGCCCAGAUGCCGCGGCGGCCGUGCGCAAGGACAGGCUGCACCCGAGGCAAGUGAAAUUAUUAGAGACCCUGAGCGAAUACGAAAUUGCAUCUCCCGUCCGAGUGAACGCUCUCGGAGAACCCUUUCCCACGAACGUACACUUCAAAAGAAGGCGACGAAGCAUUAACUCUGCCUCUGACCCCUGGCCUGGCUUCGCCUCCUCCUCUUCCUCCGCUACCUCCUCCCAGGAGCAUUACCGCCUCUCCGCCUUUGGCCAGCAAUUUCUAUUUAAUCUCACCGCCCAUGCUGGAUUUAUCGCCCCAAUGUUCACUGUCACCCUCCUUGGGGCACCCGGGGUGAACCAGACUAAGUUUUAUUCCGAGGAGGAAGCGGAACUCAAGCACUGUUUCUACAAAGGCCAUGUCAAUACCAAGUCAGAGCACACGGCCGUCAUCAGCCUGUGCUCGGGAAUGCUGGGCACAUUUCGGUCCCAUGAUGGAGAUUAUUUUAUUGAACCACUACUGUCCAUUGAUGAACAAGAAGAUGAAGAGGCCCAAAACAAACCCCACAUUAUCUAUAGGCACAGCACCCGCCACAGAGAGCCAGCGACAGGACAGCAUGCAUGUGACACCUCAGAACACAGAAAUAGUCACAGUAAGGACAAGAGGAAAACGAAGACAAGAAGAUGGAGAGGGAGGAGUAGCCUGGCUGAUGACAUGGCCGUGUUAAAUAGCAGCUUCACCACAAGCACGCUUCCUGCCAAUGGUAGCAAAACAGACAGCACAAGGGAAAAGGGGACCCACAGAAGAACAAAACGUUUUUUAUCCUAUCCACGGUUUGUAGAAGUGAUGGUGGUAGCAGACAACAGAAUGGUUUUAUACCAUGGAGCGAACCUUCAACAUUAUAUUUUAACUUUAAUGUCAAUUGUAGCCUCUAUCUAUAAAGACCCAAGUAUUGGAAAUUUAAUUAAUAUUGUUAUUGUGAACUUAGUUGUGAUUCAUAAUGAACAGGAAGGACCUUCCAUAUCUUUUAAUGCCCAGACAACAUUAAAAAACUUUUGCCAGUGGCAGCAUUCAAAGAACCAUCCAGGUGGAAUCCAGCAUGAUACAGCGGUUCUUGUAACGAGACAGGAUAUCUGCAGAGCCCAUGACAAAUGCGAUACAUUAGGUCUGGCUGAACUGGGAACCAUCUGUGAUCCAUACAGAAGCUGCUCUAUCAGUGAAGAUAGUGGACUGAGUACAGCUUUCACAAUAGCCCAUGAACUGGGCCAUGUGUUCAACAUGCCUCAUGAUGACAACAAUAAGUGCAAAGAAGAAGGAAUCAAGAGCCCCCAGCACGUCAUGGCCCCAACGUUGAACUUCAACACCAACCCCUGGAUGUGGUCAAAGUGUAGUCGAAAAUAUAUCACUGAAUUUUUAGACACUGGUUACGGUGAAUGUUUGCUUAACGAACCUGAAUACAGACCCUAUCCUUUGCCUCAUCAACUGCCAGGCCUCCUCUACAACGUGAAUAAACAAUGUGAAUUGAUUUUUGGACCAGGUUCUCAGGUGUGCCCAUAUAUGAUGCAGUGUAGACGGCUCUGGUGCAAUAACGUGGAUGGAGCGCACAAAGGCUGCCGAACUCAGCACACGCCCUGGGCUGAUGGGACCGAGUGUGAUGAGCCUGGAAAGCACUGCAAGUUUGGAUUUUGUGUUCCCAAAGAAAUGGAGGUCCCUGUGACUGAUGGAUCCUGGGGAAGUUGGAGUCACUUUGGAACCUGCUCAAGAACAUGUGGAGGGGGCAUCAAAACAGCCAUUCGCGAGUGCAACAGACCAGAGCCCAGAAAUGGUGGCAAGUAUUGUGUAGGGCGCAGAAUGAAAUUUAAGUCCUGCAACACAGAGCUGUGUCCGAAGCAGAAGCGAGACUUCCGAGACGAACAGUGUGCUCACUUUGAUGGAAAGCAUUUCAACAUCAACGGUCUGCAUCCGAACGUGCGCUGGGUCCCAAAAUACAGUGGAAUUUUGAUGAAGGACCGCUGCAAGCUGUUCUGCAGGGUGGCAGGGAGCACAGCCUACUAUCAGCUCCGUGACAGAGUGAUAGAUGGAACGCCGUGUGGCCAGGACACCAAUGACAUCUGUGUCCAAGGCCUGUGCCGGCAAGCUGGAUGCGAUCAUGUUUUAAACUCAAAAGCCCGGAGAGAUAAAUGUGGGGUUUGUGGUGGCGAUAAUUCUUCGUGCAAAACGGUGGCAGGAACAUUUAACACAGUACAUUAUGGUUACAACGUUGUGGUCCUAAUUCCAGCUGGUGCUACCAACAUCGAUGUGCGGCAGCACAGUUUCUCAGGGAAAUCAGAGGAUGAUAACUACUUAGCUUUAUCAAGCAGUAAAGGUGAAUUCUUGCUCAAUGGAGACUUUGUUGUCACAAUGUCCAAAAGGGAAAUCCGUAUUGGGAAUGCUGUGAUAGAAUACAGCGGGUCCGACAACGUUGUGGAGAGAAUCAACUCCACAGGUCGCAUUGAACAAGAACUUCUGCUUCAGGUAUUGUCGGUGGGAAAGUUAUACAACCCCGAUGUGCGCUAUUCUUUCAAUAUUCCUAUUGAAGACAAACCCCAGCAGUUUUACUGGAACAGUCAUGGACCCUGGCAAGCAUGCAGCAAACCCUGCCAAGGGGAGCGGAAACGAAAACCUAUUUGCACCAGGGAAUCUGAUCAGCUUACAGUUUCUGAUCAAAGAUGUGAUCGACUGCCUCAGCCGGCACCCAUUACUGAACCUUGUGGCACAGACUGUGACCUGAGGUGGCACGUGGCCAGCAGGAGUGAAUGUAGUGCCCAGUGUGGUUUAGGUUACCGCACAUUAGACAUCUACUGUGCCAAGUACAGCAGGCUAGAUGGGAAGACUGAGAAGGUUGAUGACAGCUUUUGCAGCAGUCACCCCAAACCAAGCAACCAGGAAAAAUGCUCAGGAGAAUGUAACACUGGUGGCUGGCGCUAUUCAGCUUGGACUGAAUGUUCUAAAAGCUGUGAUGGUGGAACCCAGAGAAGAAGGGCUAUUUGUGUCAACGCUCGUAAUGAUGUACUGGAUGACAGCAAAUGCACUCAUCAGGAGAAAGUCACCAUUCAGAAGUGCAGUGAGUUCUCCUGUCCAGAGUGGAAAUCAGGAGACUGGUCAGAGUGCUUGGUCACCUGCGGAAAAGGGCAUAAGCACCGCCAGGUCUGGUGUCAGUUUGGCAAAGAUCGAUUAAACGAUAGAGUCUGUGACCCUGAGACCAAACCAACCUCCAUGCAGACCUGUCAGCAGCCAGAAUGUGCGUCCUGGCAGGCGGGUCCCUGGGGACAGUGCAGUGUCACUUGUGGACAAGGAUACCAGCUAAGAGCAGUGAAAUGUAUCAUUGGGACUUACAUGUCAGUGGUGGAUGACAAUGACUGCAAUGCAGCGACUCGACCAACUGAUACCCAGGACUGUGAAUUGCCAUCUUGUCAGCCUCCCCCAGCUGCCCCAGAAGCAAGGAGAAGCACACACAGUGCGCCAAGGACCCAGUGGCGGUUUGGGUCCUGGACUCCAUGCUCAGCCACUUGUGGGAAAGGUACCCGGAUGAGAUAUGUCAGCUGUCGGGAUGAGGACGGCUCUGUGGCUGAUGACAGUGCCUGUGCGACCCUGCCUAGACCAGUGGCAAAGGAGGAAUGUUCUGUGACUCCCUGUGGGCAAUGGAAGACUCUGGACUGGAACCCUUGCUCCGUGACAUGUGGGCAAGGUAGGACGACCCGGCAAGUGGUCUGUGUCAACUACAGUGACCACGUGAUCGAUCAAAGUGAGUGCGACCCAGAUUAUAUCCCAGAAACUGACCAGGACUGUUCCAUGUCACCAUGCCCUCAGUGGACCCCAGACACAGACCUUUCUCAGAACCCUUUCCUGAAUGAGGACUAUCACCCCAGGAGCAUCAGCCCUAGCCGCACCCACGUGCUCGGAGGAAAUCAGUGGAGGACAGGCCCCUGGGGAGCGUGUUCCAGUACCUGUGCUGGUGGGUCCCAGCGGCGUGUUGUUGUGUGUCAGGAUGAGAAUGGGUACACUGCCAACGACUGCGUGGAGAGAAUCAAACCCGAUGAGCACAGAGCCUGCGAAUCUGGCCCUUGCCCUCAGUGGGCUUAUGGCAGCUGGGGAGAGUGUACUAAGCUGUGUGGUGGAGGCUUGAGAACAAGGUUGGUGGUCUGUCAGAGGCCCAGCGGGGAACGAUUUCCGGAUCUGAGCUGUGAAAUUCUUGACAAGCCUCCAGAUCGAGAGCAAUGUAACACACACGCUUGUCCUCAAGAUGCUGCCUGGAGUGCUGGCCCUUGGAGUUCGUGUUCUGUCUCUUGUGGUCGAGGGCAUAAACAACGAAAUGUUUACUGCAUGGCAAAAGAUGGAAGCCAUUUAGAAAGUGAUUUCUGUAAACACCUUGCUAAGCCAAAUGGGCACAGAAAGUGCCGAGGAGGAAGAUGCCCCAAGUGGAAGGCUGGCGCCUGGAGUCAGUGCUCCGUGUCCUGCGGCCAAGGCGUGCGGCGGAGAAAUGUGGGCUGUCAGAUGGGAACGCACAAAACAGCCAGAGAGACCGAGUGCAACCCCUACACCCGACCGGAGUCGGAACGCGCCUGCCAAGCCCCGCCGUGUCCGCUCUACGCGUGGAGGGCAGAGGAAUGGCAAGAAUGCACCAAGACUUGUGGUGAAGGCUCCAGGUACCGGAAGGUGGUAUGUGUGGACGAGGACAGAGGUGGUGAGGUUCACGGCGUGCACUGUGGCAUGAGCACAAGGCCUGUGGACCGCGAGAGCUGUAGUCUGCAGCCCUGCGAGUAUGUCUGGAUCACAGGAGAAUGGUCAGAGUGCUCAGUGACCUGUGGAAAGGGCUACAAACAAAGGCUGGUCUCCUGUAGCGAGAUUUACACCGGGAAGGAGAAUUAUGAGUACAGCUACCAAACCACCAUCAACUGCCCAGGCAUGCAGCCGCCCAGCGUCCAGCCCUGCUUCCUGCGAGAGUGCCCUGUGUCGGCCACCUGGAGAGUGGGCAACUGGGGGAGUUGCUCCGUGUCGUGUGGCGUGGGAGUGAUGCAUAGGUCUGUGCAGUGUCUCACCAACGACGACCAGCCCAGCCACUUAUGCCCUGCUGACCUGAAGCCGGAAGAAAGGAAAACCUGCCACAAUAUUUAUAACUGCGAGUUGCCCCAGAACUGCAAGGAAGUGAAGAGGCUGAAAGGUGCCGGUGAAGAUGGGGAAUACUUCCUGGUCGUCACAGGAAAGCUCCUGAAGGUCUUCUGUGCAGGGAUGCACUCUGACCACCCCAAGGAGUACAUGACCCUGGUCCACGGCGACUCUGAGAAUUUCUCUGAGGUUUACGGGCACAGGUUGCACAACCCAACUGAAUGCCCCUACAAUGGGAGCCGACGUGAUGACUGUCAGUGUCGGAAGGACUACACAGCAGCUGGGUUCUCCAGCUUCCAGAAGGUCAGAAUAGAUCUGACCUCCAUGCAGAUCAUCACCACUGACUUACAAUUUGCCAGGACCAAUGAAGGACAUCCCGUCCCCUUUGCUACUGCUGGGGACUGCUACAGUGCCGCCAAGUGCCCACAGGGUCGUUUUAGCAUCAACCUUUACGGAACCGGUUUGUCUCUAACUGAAUCUGCCAGAUGGAUCUCCCAAGGGAAUUACGCCGUCUCUGACAUCAAGAAGUCCCCGGAUGGUACCCGGGUCGUUGGGAAAUGCGGUGGUUACUGUGGAAAAUGCGCUCCAUCCUCUGGCACUGGCCUGGAGAUUCGAGUUUUAUAGUUAAGGUGCUCAGAAGAGGAAGCCAUUAUGGGAUGGAUGAAGGAUAGUGAUGAAAUACCUCCACCUUAAAAUUUGUGUGUAUGUGUGUGUGUGUGUGUGUGUGUAUGAGAAUUUGUGGGCCUGUGUGUGUGUGUACAUAUGCAUAUAUAUAUACUUAUAUACACAUACAUAUGUAUAUGUGUGUGUGUAUAUAAAUGUGGAAUAACCUAAUGAUGUAAAGUUUAAUAUUUAUGUUUGAAAUUAUUUAUUGUGAUGUAAUAUUUUUGUACGUAAAAUGAUUCUAUUAUGACUGCCUUUCACAUUAUUUCGUCCCCUGCAGUCAGACCACUGCAUUUUACGUACUCUACAUUAUAUGUAGUACUACGACAAAAGUGAUCCUUUAU